AUGCGUCACUUGCUGACUGCUGCAGUUAUUCUCUUUGGGGGCUGCGAUAUGGCUUCUGCAAUAAUCGACGCGCAGCAAGUUGCGCCAUCUGAGGUGUCGUCCACGGAUGCGAUACAAUCAAUCUACGCUGCUCAGUUGGUGCGCAGUGGCAAGAGAUUCCUUCGUAUCCCCACGGCCGAACAACUAGACGAUGAGUUGGGUCAAGUCGAUGAGGAACGAAGAAUGGAGAUUCUGACAAAGCAGCUUUCUAAGCUGGCGAGUUUCACAAAAAACACUGGAGCACUAAAAAAAGUGGAUGAGGCCGUAGCAGCAGCCAAACCUCAGAACGCCAUGAGUCUCGAGCAGAAUCUCAUGUCCAAACUGGGUAAGAAUCAACUUGCACAACGGAAUUUUGAGCAGUACAUAGACGAAAAAUGGACGGUGGAUGUGCUCAAGUCCAAGCUGCGAAUCACAAAAGACACAGCCCCGGACUCGAAGGAAUACGAAGCUUUCUCUACGCUGCUCCAGACUCGUAUGUACGUCGAUACCCUCAUGAAAGUCAAAAAUCCGACUACGACGAACACUGGGGAAACCAUGCUGGCUAAAAUCAAUGAGAAUCCGCUCGCUCAAAAGUACUUUGGGCAGUUCAUGGACGAUACGUUAACGCAAGUGACACUCAAGAAUAAGUUGGGUAUCACGAGGGGAACGCUGAAGACCUCCAAAGAGUAUGAUGCCUUGACGCUGCUCAUACAGGCUCGAGCGUGGAACAGCAUGCUUGCGAAGACGAAAGGCAGUCCUCUCAAAGAGAAUAUAAUGGGCCGGGUCGAAGGAAGUCCGCUUGCUCAAAAAUUCUUCAAGGAGUUUGUGGAUGAAAAGUGGUCGAUACAGACACUGCAGUCCAAGCUGGGCAUCACAAAGGGAAUGACUCCAGACACGACAAAGUACGACGCCUUGUCCGGCUUAGUUCAGAGUCGUAUGUAUAUCAAUGGCGUCGCAAAGGCCAAAAAUCCAACCGUGAGGAGCAACACAGAAGGUAUUCUGACGAAGAUCGACGAUAAUGCGCUCGCUCAAAAGUACUUCGGACAGUUCAUGGACGAAUCCUUGACGCUAACAGCACUCAAGCGCGAGCUGAAAGUAACAAGGAGCACUCCAAAGGACUCGAAGGAAUACCAAGCCGUCAUAUUGUUGAUUCAGGCUAAAGCGCUUAACAAGAAUCUCGCUUAG